GCCCCUUCCGCGUGCGCCCACGGUCCCAGGAGGAGGGCCUCACUCUAGUAGUUCGGCGGAGGCCGGGGGUGCGGCAGCGUUGCGGCUAUGGCGGUCCGGGCAGGGUGCCGGUGCGGCCAGUGGGCUGGUGUGGCCGUGCGUUUCCCUCCCACGUCGCGGUUUUUCAGUCAUGGAUCAAAUGUAUUAAGUCAAAGUAGCAACGUAUCUCAAGCUAGCUUCUUUCCACCUCUUCAAAAAAUGAUGUUACCACCAAAUGCCUUUCAAGGAAAAGUGGCUUUUAUUACUGGUGGAGGUACUGGGCUUGGCAAAGGAAUGACAACAGCUCUGUCCAGUUUAGGUGCCGAAUGUGUUAUAUCAAGCAGGAAGAUCGAUGUUUUGAAACAAACUGCAGAAGAAAUUUCUUCUAAAACAGGAAACAAGGUUCAUGCAAUCCAGUGUGAUGUGAGAGACCCAGCUUCAGUUAAGAAUGCUGUUGCUGAAUUAAUCAAGGUGGCAGGACAUCCUGAUGUUGUGAUAAACAAUGCAGCUGGAAACUUUGUUUCUCCUACUGAACGUCUUUCUGCUAAUGCGUGGAAAACAAUAGUUGAUAUUGUUCUUAAUGGUACUGCCUUCGUAACUCUAGAAAUUGGAAAGGAACUAAUUAAAGUACAAAAAGGGGCAGCAUUCUUGGCUAUUACAACAAUCUAUGCAGAGAGUGGGUCUGGCUUUGUGUCACCAAGUGCCUCUGCCAAAGCUGGGGUAGAUGCAAUGUGCAAGUCUCUUGCAGCUGAAUGGGGUAGAUAUGGCAUGAGAUUCAAUGUGAUCCAACCAGGUCCAAUAAAAACAAAGGGUGCUUUUAGCCGUCUUGACCCAACAGGUAAAUUUGAGAAAGAAAUGAUUGGGAGGAUUCCCUGUGGCCGCCUGGGAACUGUAGAAGAAAUUGCAAAUCUUGCCACAUACCUCUGUAGUGAAUAUGCAAGUUGGGUUACUGGAGCGGUUAUUAGAAUGGAUGGUGGAGAAUAUGUUUCUAUGGCUGGAGAGUUCAAUGACCUGAAAAAGGUUACCAAUGAGCAGUGGGAUAUGAUGGAAGCAUUAAUCAGGAAAACAAAAGGCUCUUAAAAUACUCUUGUCUUAUCAUCUUCCUUACAGAAAGUAUCACUGGAAAAGUACCAUUAGCUGUAAAUCUCUCACACAUUAAGAAAUAAUCUUGUUAAAUAUUUUAUCUGACAAUUCUAAUAAAACAUUUUGAAAUUGUAAUAUGUUUUGAAUGAGUCAUUUAUACUUGCCCCUUAAUUUGACUGUUUUGUUCCCAUAGACAAAUGAAGUCUUUUGAUUAGGUACGUAAAAUUUUCUACAGCUUUGAGUAAAAAUGUCUAUGCCAUGCUGUAGAAUUAGUUCCCCUUCUCAGCUUGUUUUAAUGUGGGCUGGUCUACAUGGUGUGAUAGCGUGCACCAGCUGGGGUGUAAUUUCUAGUGUGCACCAGCACUAAUUGGUCCAUGUGGGACCCGGCUGGCACACACUAAAAGUUCCCUAGUCUCCAUUAACAUAGUCCCAUUUCAAACAGUACUACGUUUACAGGAAGUAGGGAACCUUUAGUGCGUGCUAGCAGGAUCCAUAUAGGUCAGUUAGUGCGUGACAUACUGAUGGGCGCUAGAAUUUACAUCCCAGCUGGAGUACAUUAAAACAUCAUGUAGUCAAACCUAUAUUUCAAUGUUUUUUUCUCAGUUGUUCAGAUAUUUGCAUAGUUUUAAUCCUAAUUUCAAUUCCAGUAAUGUUUCUGGAAUGUUUUACUGAAAAUAUAGAUGAUAAACAAACUAAUGGAAACUACGAAAUUAAGAUGUAAGCUUUGCACUCCAGUCCUGGUUCCCAACCCUGCAAACAUUUACACAUGUGCUUUGCUUUACUACCAUGAGGAAUGGAACAUGCAUAAGUCUUUGCAGAAUUGGGGCCUAAUACUGUUGCUGGGAGAGAGUGUAAAUGGAUAGGGAGUACUAAGGUACAUCUCACAUAGAAGUUAGACUGACUACAGUACUAGUCGGAAUCUUGAUUUUGCUGACAUUUUUCAGUCUGUGUUGCAUCUGUUGUAAUUGAUAUUAAAAAUUGCAUUGAAGAC